GCCGUAACAAUGCCUCCAGCAGAGAAGCAGGUCGAGCAGGAAUCGACGAUUGACGAUCCGACUGUAGUGGAAAAGUACAAAAUAGCCGGUGAUAUUGUGAAUAAAACUCUUCAAACCAUCAUCCGAGCAUGUGUUGCAGGCGCCUCAGUGAAAGAAAUUUGCCUGAAGGGUGAUAGUAUGUUGACCCAGGAAGCAGCUAAGAAAUACAAGAAUGAGGAAGAAAUGAAGAAAGGCGUCGCCUUCCCGACGUGCCUCUCGGUGAACAAUUGCAUUUGCCACUUUUCGCCAGCUCGCAAUGAUCCGGACUAUCUGCUGAAGGAGAACGAUGUGGUCAAGAUCGACCUUGGGGCACACAUUGACGGUUUCAUCGCGGUCACGGCCCACACGAUCGUGGUCGGUGCAACGGCUGAGAAUAAGUGUAAGGGCCGGGCGGCUGACGUUGUCCUUGCGGCGUACCACGCUAGCCAGGCAGCACUUCGCCUGCUGAAGGAAGGCACCGGGAACUACGCGGUGACGGAUGCGGUACAGAAAAUUGCCUCCGACUUCAAGUGCAAACCGAUCGAGGGUAUGCUGAGCCAUCAGCUGAAACAGUUCAAAAUUGAUGGCGAAAAGACGAUCAUCCAGAACCCAACGGUGGCGCAAAAGAAGGAGCACGAGAAGUGUGAAUUCGAAAAGUACGAAGUGUACGCGAUGGAUGUGCUGAUCAGCACCGGCGAAGGACUCGGUAAGGAGCAGGACACGCGUGUCGCGAUCUACAAGAAAACGGAGGAAAACUAUAUGCUGAAGCUGAAGGCAUCCCGUGCGUUCUUCGGCGAGGUUAAAAGGAAGUAUGGUUCGAUGCCUUUCAAUUUGCGAAACUUUGAAGAAGAAGCAAAGGCCAAGCUGGGCGUCAACGAAUGUGUGACGCACAAAAUGGUUGAACCCUUCCAAGUAUUAUACGAAAAGCAUAAUGAAUACGUUGCUCAGUUCAAAUACACGGUGCUCAUCCUGGACAGUGGACUGAAGGUCGUCACCGGCCACCCGUUCGAUGAGAGCUGCUUCGAAAGCGAAUACAGCGUGCAAGACGAAGAAAUGAAGAAGUUGCUCGCCUCGAAGCUGGGUCCAAGCAACAAGGACAAGAAGAAGCGCCGCAGGAGAAAUAAGAAGAAGGGUGCGGCCACCGGUGGAGCGGACGAUGAUGCCGAAGGGGACGAUAGUGGUGAAGAGGAAGCAGAAGACAAAAAGGAAGAGCAAGCAUAA